UAACGACAUGUCAUUAUUAGUCUUGACUUGUUUGAGCAGACAUCGCCAAGAACAAUCAUGUUGUACAAGGCACUGGUGUGCUUGGCGCUUUUGUCAUAUGUUUAUGGUUUCACGGUGAAGCAAGAUGAUGGUAGUACCACCCCGUAUUUUGUUCACCCUAAGGACAGACCUUCUGGUAUUUCCCCUAGGAUAAUAGGGGGUGAGGAGGUCUCACCGCACAGUUACCCCUUCCAAGUGGCACUGACACUCUAUACAGAAUCUUCAGCAUAUUUUUGCGGGGGUACGUUGAUAUCCAACCAGUUGGUACUCACUGCGGCCCACUGCCUUGACAA